CAUCAUAUUAAUAUUUAUCGCGAGGAGAACUGAAAAUUAUAAUAUUAUUGGAAACAGCGUCGCCGCACCGUCCUUGCUGGUAUACAUUUAGUGUCCGAUAGCGAUUUUCGUCGGACGUCCGUCCGAAACAAUACAGUAUCGAAUAACCGGCAAUCGUCGACCGUUUCGAGAAAAAAAGUGUAAUAUUCUUAAAACGUUACGAAAUGAAGACUACUGCGACGUUGUUGGUUUUGACCAGCGUUUUCGUCGAAUACUCGUUUUCGGCCUGGGACUUGGAAAGCACGCUAAAUCAUUGUUGUAACACGGGAAAAACGUGGAGCGUGGAAAAAAAAUCUUGCAAUAUCACUUUGUCGUUUCCUUUGUUCAACAUCGACGUCGAACACAAUACGAUGUGCCUGACCACGGUCGGGGCGUGUUGUUUGCAAUCGUUGAGAGAAAUACGAUGCAACGAGGGAAAACAAGUCGGGCUAGAAAAUGGAAUUUGUAGCGAAAAAUCACAAACGGGAAAAAAUCAAGUUGAUUUUAUGAUAUGCUGCGAAAUAUGCAAACUCGGUGUUGUUGUCGGUUCAACAAAAACGACAUGUCAAUCAACUAUGCCAUUGCUUCACAAUCAUCAAUGGGGUGAAGUUUAUCAGUCGUGCUGUAGUGUAGCUUCCUCAAAAGUAAAAUCGAUUUCGACCGAAACUAAAAAAAACUAUAUGACAGCUGCUGACAAAAAUCCUUGUACUGAUGGAACACACAGUUGCACGUCUAGUGAAAUAUGUAUAAAUACACCAAAUGGAUAUGAAUGUCAAUCAUACUUACAACCAUCAAUGCUGUCGAUGGUUCCAGAAAAGUUAACUAUGUAUAAUAAAAAACCGAUUUGUGACCCUGGAUACGUUUAUAAUGUGUACGAACAAAAAUGCAAAGAUAUAGACGAAUGUUCUCAACGACCCUGCGAUAUAAAUGAAGUGUGCAUCAAUUCACCAGGAAGCUAUAAAUGUCAUUGUAAAAGUGGCUAUCAAUUGGACAAAGUAACUAAUGCGUGCACAGAUAUAAACGAAUGCCAAUUAAAUUUACACACGUGUCAAGAAUCUCAGCGAUGUGACAACACGGCCGGUUCGUUUCAAUGUAUCCGUUUCACUGGAUGCGGAACAGGGUACACGCUAGACGUGGAAUCCGCUACAUGCAUAGAUGACGACGAAUGUGCACUGAAGACGGACACCUGUGGCGUUUUAGGCCCUGAUUGGAUCUGCAGAAAUACCCUAGGUUCGUUUCGAUGCGAUAAGAAACGUUGCGUUGGACCGAAUUGCCGAGUACUUCAAGGAAGCUACAACAACACGAAUCAGAUCAACCGGAACAGCGCUAAAUGUCUUCGUGGUUAUGAAAUGGACCAAAACAAUAAGUGCACAGACAUAAACGAAUGCAGAUUAGCAAAUCGGUGUAUGGCAAACGAAGUGUGUAUCAACACGAAUGGAAGUUACUACUGUUUACCAAGGUCGAAAAAUUCUCUAUGAAUGUAAAGUAAAAAAAUGUAUGUUAUAUAAGUAUACCUACGAAUGAAUUGUUUGUAUAUUAAAAAUGAACUGUUUUAAGUA